CAACUGCGUUUUGUCACUUUCUUGAGAGACAGUUUUCGAAAGUCAUAAAUAGUGACUUUCUUGAGCAACAAUCAAAGAUGACUAGUAAUAAUCCUAUUUUCGAUGCAAGAGUCGUACUUCCAGGAUUGAAUCUGACUCCGAGCAGCAAAGAGGUUGUCGUUCCCGACUCUGUGACAUCUGUGAUCGAUGAUGGUUCUAUAGUCGUUUUUCUAAAGAAGUUCGACGGUAACCUGAGCAUCUUUCGUGAUCAGAAGAUCUUGCUGUGUGCAACCUACCAAAGUAGAGGAACGCCUCAAAAUAGUGGCGUGAAUGACGAGAAACAUCAAGGUGACGAUAAUGAACCUGGUGAAGACGAAGAGGAGCCUUGGGAGAAGGAGUUGGACGACGAGUUUAAUGACCAGCCUUAUGAAAAUAUAUUGGUGGAGGAAUGGGAAUGGGGUAAGCAUUAUACCCUUGAUUCGAAAAUGAUGUUAAGAAGUAAAUUAUUUCCCUUUUUCUGAUUGGUUGCUUUUUGUGCAAAAUCUACCACGCAGCGAACAAGCGGAUCGAUUCUCCCUCCAUUGACGGUUAUGAUAGUUUCCUGAUCAAACCAGGGGAAGCAUGGAAGUCUACUGAGAAGUCAAUGGAAGAAGUUGUCCUCUGUUUCUAUUUUACUGAAACGGAUAUCUUGCCCUCUGAAUCGUUGCUUUCCUCUGAGAAUCGAGUUGUUGAGGUUGGAGAAUCAUUUGUGAUCGAUGUUACCGAUGAUAGCAAUCCAAUAUCAAAUCGCGUCAUUCUUCUUGAAUGGGAUUUUAAUUGUACUCUAAUGAAAGAAGUUUUCUCUCCAAAGGAAAAGGAAGUUCUAAAACGAGAAAGUGAGAUCUGUGACGAAGUGCUUCUUCUUGGAAUGCAUGGUGGACAGAACUUUCAGCCGUCCAAGAAUCUCGUUCUACAUGUUCACCUCAAUGAAUAUUUAAGUGGUGGUCAAGGAAAUCUGAAGCUGAAACUUUAUAACAACUGUGAGAUUGAACCAGAUGCGAAGAAAACAUUUGACGAAAUGGUUGAUGGUUGUAUUCAAAAAUCGUGUGAAUACGACUCCGUCGGCUCAUUUUCUGCGAGUGGUAUAUUUGGAGACUAUAUAACAUUCGACAUCGAUUCCAAUUCUUUAAUCCAAAUACUAGAAGGGUGUUCGAAAGGAUCUGACGACAACUUAAUUUCAGUGUUGGAAGAACAAAACGAUGAAGUGAAACAGGUUCAGACUAUCAUUGAUGCGAUUGAAGCUGCUCAAUUUGCUGCGGUGAUAGAGGACGAGAAUUCUCGUGAAUUAGUCGCCAAGUUUUUGCUUUCGUCAAUUACAUCGAACAGCAUUUUUUUUGAUAAUGCGGUACAAAUGCUCAAGUCUCCAAAGAAUAGGUCGUUUGAAAUAAUUACUGAUUGGUCGAUGAUGGUAACGAAAACUGCCGAAUCUAUUUGGGACUCCAUUUACACAGAUGCUGACUAUAAGCUGACACGGUCAGAGAGCAAACUUUUAGAAACCGGUGAUAAUGCUCUCCAGGAAUUUUUAGUCACUAUCGCAUUGCCUGAGAUCAAUGCUGAUGUAGCGACCAUUGAUCCUUAUAACGAUGUUGAGAUCUUGGUUGAAAACUGUGAUCCCGAUCUUUCUUUCUUCGAUCGGAACGAGAAUAGGGAUUUUCUCCAGGUCCGUAAUCCCACAAGGAAACCGAUGUCUGGUGACGAUCAUAUGAUUGAGUUCAAGUGGAAUUCCAUUGACAGACGUGGUAUCGAACGAGAAUGUGAGAUAAAAGUUUCGAUCCUCAUUGGACGCGAAGGCAGUCGUCAACAAAAGAUUGGUAGGACUAUAUCCAUUUUCAGAGAAGUUGGAGGAGAAAACAAACAGCAUACUGCACUAGUGAGACUUAGAAACAUGGUGAAAAUGGGAUUUGAGAAUGCUUCUGGUUUUCAGUGCUGUUUUUCUCAUUUUUUGGAAACUAUGUUCAAGACUGUAUUUGCCCUUUCUACGAACGAGGAGCAGAGCAUUUCGUCGCGCUUAUUCUUAGAAAAAGCGGCUGAUGAUAUAGCAAGCCGGUUUUACAAAUCUGCAGCGGAUAGAAAAUCUGAUAUCUAUGAGAUUAUACAGAAGUCACCAACGUUUUCACCGCCCAAUUUCGAAGACAUAGAAAACGUGAAAGUAAUCGCGGAGACGGAUAUCGCAGAACUCAUGGAAGACAUCUUUGGAAAACUCAAUAAUGAAAUGUUGUUGAUUUGGGCCGCGUCUUUGAAACUUGACGAAGACUCUCUAAGUUUUGUUGACGACAAUGAAAGUAUUGAUGAUCUUUAUGAAAAGCAUGUUGGAAAUCUUCGCCGAGUGUUGCGAAUGGACUCAACUGAGUUGGCAGCACAACUUAAAAAGCAUCCGAAAUUAAUGGAAAAUUUUGUCACUGCUGUACAACUGAUUCGUGACGAGAUCGAUAAUCCUACCAUCGAUUUACCUCCAACACGAGAAAGUGACUUGGCACAAAUGUUGAGUGAAUCGAGUGCCAAAGAAAUUGAGUUUCAGACACAGGAAAUUCUGGCAAAUAUUGAAGAACAAAUCCUUUUUACUCCGUUCUCUGAUAAGAAAGACGAGGGAUCUGAAGUUCUAACAGAGAAUGUAUCUACGCGUAAGUUAUAAUCGUGUUGUGGAGAACCCAUACGUUGAUACGGUACUUGAAACGAUUUUACGUUGUCCCCUUCUCAUUAAAUGAACUACCCCUACUUCCUUCUGAUUCAUUCAAUCAUAGUGGAGACAAAUCUUCUUCAAAUGCUAGAAACCACGGCUGAUUCCUGUGAAACUGGUAUUGAUUUCUUGGAAGAUUCACAAGUAAUGUUGGAGAAUAUUUCGACACUCUUGACAAAACUCAGGAAUUUUGGUUCUAACGUCAAGACUCUAUCAAGCAACGCAACGAGCCUGACUAACUUCGUCACGAGAUUUUGGAAUGCCAUCAAAUCAUUUUCGAAUGUGUGUGUAGGGCCUUUGGCUGCAAUCAAAACAAUAGUCAGUGCAAUCAAAGUUCCAAUGCAAAUGAUCUUGAGAGCAUUGAAGAAUGGGAAGGCGAAGAUUUCUAGUCUCGGGAAAAAGAUUGAUACGAAGUUAAAGAAGUUGGUGGAUAAAUCCAUGAUAGACAAAAUCGACAAAGUUUCACAAACCAUCGGAAAGCCAAAGACUGCUCUGGAAAAAGUUGUUGAAAUAGUUGACAUGCUCAUCUCUGUCGCUUCCUUGGGUGUUUUACCGGCGUCGCUCAUUUCGGAGUUUGCAUCUUCGAACUCCCUCUCAUCUUUCUUUAGUAUACUAUCGAGAAAAAUUGGAACGGUGAAAUUAUACCUCGAGAGUGCUUACGAACAGACAACACGGUUAGAGCCCCAUCUUACAUCAAUGAGAAACUUGAGUAACAGUGUCGCUUCAAAAUUUAACUUCCUCCGUCCAUUGGAUGCGGGUUUGAAGAAGUUUCAACCAUUUGCUGACACAAUUCAAGGCUUAUACCGAAGAUUUAGUGGUUGGUUAAGGCGCCUUCUUGCCGCAGCGAUGUGGCCCGUCGAGCAGACUAUUAACGCACUUUUGUAUCCCUUUAGGGCCCAAAUUAAUCGUAUGAUAGCAGAGUUGAACCCUUUUGGGAAGAUUGAUGAUCUUACGGCGAGACUCGUUGCUCCUCUCAACAAUGCUAUAAACGACACCAUUUUGACGGGACAGUUGAAUCUAUUGGAGAGUUUCCAAAACAUGACAAUUUCAGAAGAGCUCAAAGAACCAUUCAAGCAGAUGGCAAAAUCUUUCACUCUCUGCGUAGCGAUAAUACAACGUGGAUUCUAUGGCUUGUUAGAAGGUUUGCUCAUACAAGGUUCAAAUGACGUCGGUUUUUUCCAAGAACUUAUGGGUGCCGCUGAAGUCAAAACUAUAAAGCAAUUAUUGGUUGAUAUGCAAAAAGAAUCUGCUGUUGUCACAAUGGGCGACGCAAUUAUAAAUAUGAAGAAAUCCAUCGAUAGUCCUCUAGAGAUGUGUGAUUCUUAUCUUCUCAUGCACGCCAGUAAUGAUCGCCAUACAUUUAUUGAUGAUUUCACUGACCAUAAAUUGGCAUCUUACGUCAAAAGAUCUGAUUAUGAUUUGACUCAUUGUGCAAUCAAUCCUUCUCUCGACAAAGCGUCAGCCCUUUUCGAAUACGGCAAGACAGAAGACGGAAGUGCUAAAAAUUCAUGGGUGAUGGCUUCGAUAGCUGCUAUUUUGCACCAUAGUAGAGUUACAGGUCAGGCAGAACAGAUUGGCAUUCUUGCUCCUGAUAGCACAAUUCUUACACCUUUCAUUCCCGAGGAUCAAGGUGGAGGAAAGUACACAAUCUCCUUGCAUCCGAAAUUGUUUAUGCCGAUGCAGAUGUAUGAUGUGGACUCAAGGCUCCCGAUCCGUAAGGUAGUUUACCCUUCCCUCGAGUCGUUCGAAGAAUUCCCAACGGAUAUUUUUGAUUACGCUAAUGAAAGGAUUCGUGCUGAAGUGUACCCUAUCUUUUCGGAAAAAUAUAGCUUCGCUUUAAUCGAAAAGUUAAUUGCUUGCGAGCUGAAUAUGACGGAGACAGAAUCGGUUGGAACGGCCAUGCACUUGUUGAGUGGAAACGUCCAGCAUGGGUUUUGUCAUAAACGUGAAAGUAAUCGCGAUGAAUGGAUGAGAUACAAUUGUAUUAAGGCUGAUAGUCAAACUGAAAAAUAUGAUAGGGUGGCUCUACAAUUGACUGAUGCCGAGAAAAAAACAGAAAAUGAACUCGUUAAUUACAUGAAAAGUCGAAGCAUGUCAAAGGAGCAAGUUGAACUCUUGGACUCGUUGUACCACAAUAGUCUGGGUGACGAAAAAAAAACUGCAACAGCUUAUGAUCGGUCGUCCCUAGAAGAGGCAAUGCAGGACUUAACAAUUUUUGUUGUGGUCGCGUCCGAUCCAUCGAGGUCUGCUUUCCCGAUCUUAUACACUGACAACACUCCAAAAACUCAUCUUGUGUAUGCUGAUGGUCCACAAAUAAAGCCAUUACUCAAUUUGUCGGUUUUCUCCGAGGUCUGGGAAUACUCCAUCUCUGGCUUCCACUCCAAGCCAAACACCAUCUUAGGUUCUUUGGAGACAAAGAUACAGACCGGAGAAGUUACUCCACGAGUUACGACCGCCACAUUUUAUACGAACCCCUGGAUCACGCGCUUAUCUUCAGGUGACGACGGCAUACCAGAAACAGGUACUGACUCUUCAAUCGGCAGAUUGAUCGGGCCGCUCCUGGCCCAUGUGAGAGAGAGGGGGGCUGUACCCAUUUUCAAGAGAGCUAUAAUGACAACCAUGGAUCAGGUUUCAUCAUCCAAUAACAAAUCUCGAAGGACCAUUUUCAAGGGGGACUAUGUGAAGAAAACGAAGUCAUCCAAUCUGUACAAAGUCAUCAAAGUUAAUGUGACAAAGAAAGAUAUUGGAAAAGGUCCAGAUGGAAAAAAGAGGUACAGGACGGUAACUGAAAAUUACACUGCAACGUUGGUCCUAAGCAGAGGCAGUAAGGUUGAAACACUUGAAGGGAUGCAAACGAAGAAAUUGACAUAUCGAGAAGAAUUGAAUAACGAUAAAAUAUUGAGGAACGAAAAGAUUUUUUAUGGCAAAGGAUUAGCACAAGUGGAUUUGACGAAACAAGCUGAUAGAAGAAGAGCAUUGCAAUGGCCGGUCGAUACCAAACAGAAUGUGAAGUAUUGCGGAAUGGUAAGUCCUUCUUUGAUGUAGCACGCUAAGUUUUCUAUGCAGUGUACUAACAUUUUUAAAUCUCCAGACACUUCGAAAUCUGAAAGACUAUGUGGACCAUUGUAAAGAGAGAUAUCCAUUUCUGUGGUUGGAGUGCAAGAACGAAAGGGGUACAAACAAAUUUGUUUCCGUUAAUGAUCUCUGCGAGACGUUCAUAAAGCCACACACCUCCUCUUCCGAAGCCUGUAUUGCUCUCAACAUGAAAGAUGUACUCGGAUCGACGAUAAAAAAAGCAGAAGUUUUCGUAUCUCUUUCGUGGGAAGAAAAUAUCGAGCAGGUAAUAAAAUUAUUGUACGACCAAAUUGGGGAAACAAAGAUUGGUAGACCCGGACGUAACUUCACUGAAGAUACUGUUAUCUGGCUCUCUCCGUUCUCUAUUUAUCAAGGAGGUGGCCGUGGAUCGCUGCAAGAUCAAUUGCUCAUUGGCGUGUUUCAGGAAAUUACCAAGUCAGUCACUGACAUGUUUGUCAUUCAAACGGGCGUUUGCAAUUCAUACUCAAGAUUAUGGUGUGUCAGCGAAUUUUCGGCUGCAGCUGACAACAACGAAGUCAAAAUCCAUCAUUUAUUCUCAAGUGAUUGGCGGGACAAGUACAUUCGAACCCAAAACAAAGGGUUUGCGUAUGAUUGGAAAGAAAUUGAAUACAACGGGACGAAAAGUAACGUUUUAAGAAAACUGUUUGUCGAUGAAGAUCUCAGUACUAAGAUCCGGAUUGCAGGGUCAAAAGUGCCUGAAUACUUCACAUCAGUGAACUAUUUUCUCAUGGAAGAAGAAGAAUGGGGCGAAGGACCGGGUGUCGGAGGAGCGCAGCCAAUUUUGCGCCUUAACGUCAUGGAGGUAAGUUUAUCGUUUUGGUUCUCGAACUGGCCUGCUUUUUCUUGCGUCGUUGACUGACUAUUUCCAUUCUCUCUUAGGGAUUGAGCAAAAAUGGAAUGAAUGCCAGGAACGUUGACAAGGAAGAGUUUGGAAGAAUAGAUAAUUCUGUGAACGGAAAAUACCAGAAUUGGUGGAGACUACAAAAGACAAUUGUCGAUCUCGAAAGACGUGCAGCAGGUGCCACUGCUGAUUUGACACGUUCCGUCACAUUAUCACAACAAUUCACCGAAAAAUACGAGCCGGGAAUGGGAACAAACUUCGACAUUGUUAGACGGGUUGAAAACAACAAAGACGAAUACGACGAAAAGUCAAGAAGAUUACUGGAUGGCUACGUUCCGGUAUUCACAAAACUCGACGAGCGAGGCAGGCGCUUCCUUCAGUUUCAAAAGGACGAGCAAGCGACAACCUAUUUCAAAGAGGUCAUUGGACUCAACCCCGACUACGAGCCUGCGGACGUGAAGAAUCUACUAAGCUUUGGUGCAAACGUCGAACUUCUUGGCAACGACCGGGCAAAUUUCGAAUUCCCGAACAUUGAAAGACUUGCGAGACUUCUCGAUUGCACCUACGUGGAUUCGUUGCGCCUCCCACCACUUGCAGCAUCCUACAAGUUGGCGCCUGAUGAAGAUGGUGUUGCGCAUCCCAGAAAUGUUUUCUGGGCGGAGUACUACAAAAAGGCGAUGGUGGCUGCGAAAACCAUGACAUUUGUCAUAACCGGGGCAUGGGUUAAUUCCAAAAAUUGCUUUGAGGAACUGGAAUGGGCUGCGGCACUUCGAUCAGAUCGAUCGAAAUACAAGACCUUGUUCGUCUUUACGAAACGAAACCAUUUCAAAGAGUUAGAGGAUCAAGAUACUUUCAGGUUUGUAAUCGAUGGUAAAGUAUAUCAGUACAACUGGACACAGUUGAAAACUGCACUUGGCUUCACUGGUCGUCCCAUCGUUGCUCCAGACGUGGAAAGCAUAGCAGAACUUGUCGGGGGUUCUAUUCGUUCUUUUAACGCAUGAUCGGUCUACCCCUUUCAUCUAUGGUGUUGCGCUCAUCUACUUUGUGCUCGCACACCGGGCACCAAACAAGCAAUUGCUGUGGCCUGGUGGUACCUCCCCGCAACGACAGCCCUUCAACCACGACUUCCUCCGGAUGCGCGAACCAGUUUGCAACGCACCACGAGUUCUUGCUGCUGGCUAGUAGUGGUGCUAAUCAAAAGGCGCGGACGAGCGAUGAGUGCAUCAUUCAAGGACACAAACACUACCGCAACCAACUGGGCGGUCACAACUCCAAAAUGGAGACAGUAAAAGACUAUUAGAAGUACCUCGGACGGAAAAUCUAUUUGUUUCUUGUUCUUCACUGGAUUUCUUGGGAAAAACGCGUCUCAUGAGGCUGGAGACGCUUCCCCGAUAGAAGAACUUCGUCAUAAUCAAUAUAGUAUAGUAGU